AGUCCAACGGAACUGAUGCCAGAUUUGGGAGUUAGGUAGGGCUUUGCUACCAAUACCUCUAAAACCUUUGACAUCGUUCUUCCCUCCACGUUUGCCUUUCCCCUUCUGCUUUCAAUCUUCUCCUUUUUGACCCUCUUGUGUAUAUUUUGGACCUUCUUUUCCUCUAUUUCUGACCAGUUGAUAGAAUAACUUGCCAAUUUGAUUGUCUUGCAACGACUACCAAACCACAGGUUCCAUUGCAGCACCAAAAAAAUGCCAAGCCCAGUGCUGAAAGCUGGGAGCAGACCACCGUGGGUGGGUUUGGCAGCAGCUGUUUGGGUUCAGAUUGCUGCUGGCAAUGCCUAUAACUUUCCACUGUAUUCUCCUCUGCUGAAAUCAGUGUUGGGUUACAAUCAGAUGCAGCUGACCAUUCUUGGAGUGGCCAAUGAUAUUGGAGAGAAUGUGGCUUUGCUUCCUGGGAUUGCCUGCAACAAGUUCCCUCCUUGGGCUGUGCUUCUGGUUGGUUGUGUGCUCUGUUUCUUUGGCUAUGGAGUCCUCUGGCUUGCUGUUAGUGAGACUGUUGCCAACAUGCCUUAUGUUUUGUUAUUUAUCACAAUUCUCAUUGCCAUGAAUAGCAAUGCUUGGUUCGGCACAGCAGUGCUUGUUACCAACAUGAGGAACUUUCCUCUCAGUAGAGGCACUGUUGCUGGCAUUCUCAAGGGCUAUAUUGGGAUUAGUGCCGCAGUUUAUACAGUGGUAUACAGUUUGGUUUUUAAAGAGUCUGCCUUAAAGCUGUUGCUGUUCCUUGCUCUUGGGCUUCCUGUUUUGUGUUUGGCUUUAAUGUACUUUAUCCGGCCAUGUACUCCAGCUUCUGGUGAAGAGUCUUCAGAGCGUGGCCAUUUUCUCUUCACUCAAGCUGUCAGCGUUGUUCUUGCAAUCUAUCUUCUCUUAAUCACCAUAGUAUACGAGAUGAUAUCCCUUAGUCAAGCAGUUUCUUAUAUUUUGAUUGCUAUUGUGGUUAUCCUUCUGUUGUCCCCCCUUGCAAUUCCUAUCAAAAUGACAUUAUUUCCUGUAAGGGCCCGUAUUGAUUCUUCAGAUCAACUUGCUCCACCAGAAGGUGAUGCAACCCAAACAGAUCCUUUGCUGACAUCAUCCUCAUCAGAUACUAAUAUUGGGAGUUUAUUUGAGGCUGAUGAUUCUGAUGUGGAGACACUUCUUGCUAUUGGGGAAGGAGCAGUGAAGAAGAAAACGAGACCUAAAAGGGGAGAGGAUUUUGAGUUCCAAGAAGCUUUUAUAAAGGCUGAUUUCUGGCUGCUUUGGUUUGUUUAUUUUCUUGGGGUUGGUUCAGGAGUGACAGUGCUCAAUAAUUUAAGCCAGAUUGGGGUUGCAUUAGGCAGCGGUGAUACGGCAAUAUUGUUGUCUCUCUUCAGCUUUUGCAAUUUUGUGGGUCGUUUGGGUUCAGGUGUUGUUUCUGAACACUUCGUCAAGAAAAAUACACUUCCUCGUACAUUUUGGAUGACAUGCGCACAUAUAUUGAUGAUCGUAUCAUUUCUUUUGUAUGCAUCAGAUUUCAGUGGUACUCUCUAUGUCGCAACUACUCUGCUUGGUAUCUGCUAUGGUGUUCACUAUUCUAUGAUGGUUCCAACUGUGUCUGAACUUUUUGGAUUAAAGAAUUUUGGUAUAAAUUACGGCUUCAUGUUAAUAGGAAAUCCUAUUGGUGCAGUUCUUUUCUCAGUUCUUCUUGCUGGUAAUUUAUAUGAUGCUGAAGCAGCUAUACAAGGAACCUCCACCUGCGUGGGUGCAGACUGUUUCAGGAUCACAUUUCUGGUUUUGGCCGGAGUCUGUGGGUUGGGCACCAUCUUGGGCAUAAUUUUGACAGUUAGAGUUCGUCCCGUUUACCAGAUGCUUUAUGCCGGAGGUUCUUUCCGUUUGCCUUCAAGUGCGAUCCACUGAUGAUUGGGGAUGGUAUCAUGUAAUGACAUCAAGCCUUGGUGGUUCUCUGGAGUUAAGUUCCACUGAAUUCGUUCAGAAUUACAGAUAACUAGAGAACAUAUCUGCAGCUAUAUAUCAGCUGUGUUUAGUGUUACACUAUAAGUCGCCCUCAAGCAGGCCACCAGUAUGUGCUGCUGGCAGAUCGAGGAAAAGCUAGAAGACCAAGGUUUCGGGGAUUAUCAUACGCAAAUCGAUGUAUUAUUGAAGAAUUUUAGCCCUUUAGGUAUGCUGAGUUUAUUAUGAACAUUUGGGAGAGUAUUAUGCUCUUCUUUUCUUAAGUCAUCACAGUUGGUUUUAUGUAUCGUAUUAAGGAUUCUAGAAUGAAUUCUAUUGGUAACCAACCUCCAUCAUAAAGUGACAUUCAAUGAUGUAACGGUUCGGAAU